CGAACUGGUCGUCUAUUACCGUGGGUUUCCUGACAUUCCGCUGCCUACGGAUACUUAAUGUUCGGUCGUUCCCCAGCCAUGGUUGCACGGAGCCGUGGUCACAUAUGCUUCAGAACAGCUUACAGCCAAUCUCAUACCCGGGCGAGAGUCACGGCCACAACUACACACGAGCAUGGGCUCAUCGGAAGCGAUGGGGGCGGAAACGCCAUCCACCAGAUCAUUUGCGCCUCUCCUUGUCCUUGAGGGACGGUCCCCCAGGAAGAGCCCCAACCUGCAAUUCAAACUUGCAAAACUCCGGCAGCGUAUGUGGGAUAAGAGACAGUGGAAGAAAGCUGCAACGGCCGCAUGGAAGGAUGUCGGAGCCAUCGACUGGUUCGCGACUCUGACCUCAAUGUUUGCCCUGGGAUGGAUCACAGCACUCAUUCUUCUAGCGCUCUUCCUCGGUGCCUUGUCCAUGAGACGGUGGCCUGAGGCCUGCCAACCAGAUGGCAGCUUCGAUGUUUUUCUGAAUCCCUAUAACCUUUGGUCGGCAUCUGGGUUCUUCCAGAUCACGCUGGGCUGGGGCAGGAUGUCUUUCGCAGACGCGAAGGCCAUUGACGUGGCGUGGGACGUUGUGUUUGGCCGCGGCGGUCAAGCCUUGCUUGCGUCGAUCUCUUGGAGAGCGUUCGCCGACUACACUUCAGUCUCCAUGCAAGCCAGGCCUGUGACCUACCAGACGUUUCAGACGAUUUUCCUCCAGGACCAACCCGGCAUUUGGUCAACGUUUUACCUCGCACGCGAUUUUGCUCGUUCUCGUGGAUUGCAAUCUCGAGUAAUGAUGACCAUCAUGGUCUUUGUUGCGGUUUUCAUCAUGUUGUUUCCCACGCUUGGGAGUGCAAUGACUGGAUACUCGGCAAACAACGCCGCUUAUAUCAUAGGAUAUGACGGCAGCCUGAAACCGUUUUCCGAUUUCAAAAUUGCCGCGUUCAUCAUUCAUGAAGCCCAUAGAAUUAACAUGACUGGCGAUGUUGUGCUCACGUAUCCUUCCUUACAAGACUCCACAAUCUACAAUAGAGACUAUAAUAAUGGUGCAUCCUUAUCAUAUUCAUACAGAUGCAUAGAUGAUGGUUCAACUCGACUAGGAUAUGGGCGAUCAAGCCAAGAAGGAACACCCGCUGUACCUGUAGGGGAAAGAUGCUCCAUGCAUCGCAAUGUCUCUGACUACGUCCAGAAAUACGGAUUUUACGGAUUGGAGGAUAAAGAAUCCACUUGGAUGGGUCAAUCUCUUCCAGCGCCCGUCCUCAACAUUUCGGCAACGUGGCUGCUUCCAUCUGCAGCAAUAUAUGGCUGGAACUGGACCGACCCUCGUACAGGCCAGCAACCAUUCAGAGACGGAAAUCGAGCGAGUUAUGCGAUUGGAAAUGAAACCUACCUCCUCAGCUAUAUGAAAGCAAACGGAAGCUGCCAGCCCAUGCGCGACCGUGAAUCCAGCGCCGACUCUGUGCGUGAAAGCUACGAAUGGGGCUUCUCAUAUCUUCAGCUAUUUAUUCUGACAGUCCUCUUGCUGGCUUGGACGCUCUGCCUUGCCUACAUGUGGAUCAAGGCUCGUCUGACGAUGCGGAUGAGGCGGAGAUACGACGUGCCAAAAGAGUACAAGGGUGUUUUGGAGCUGUCCAAGGCCAUUCGGAAACAACUCCAAGAGUCCGACCCGGACGACCUCUCUCAUGAGCAGCUCCGCGAGGAGAUCAAGAAGCGAUUGAGAGGUGGGAGGAUUGAGCUGGACAGAGUAGACGCGCCGGGAACGUACAAUCUCUGGCGAGGGACGUGGACAUAUUGCAAAGACGAAAAAUGGUGGCUGUUCGCCAUACUGGGUAUGUUAGGGCCCUGUAUGGCGCUUACCUUGCGUUACAAUUCCUUCGGAUGGUGGAUGCUCGUUCCUAUACUGACCGCGAUGCUUGCCAUGCUCGUGGGCCGCUCGAUAGAGAGUAGAUGUGUUCUCGUUCUUGUCGGUGCUAGCCUGGGCACCAUCAUAUUUUUGGGAGUCUGGUAUGGUUAGUGGAGGCCCCAAUCGGUCUGGUUAUCAUUCGGUCAUUCGAGUCUACCUAUAUACAGAAGCUUACGGGCAAAAUAAUGUUUGCGAUUGGAAAAUUCACCUUAGAUCUAGGAAGCUUCCUCGUUCUGGUUAACAGUUAAACAACGCAAGCAGUUACUUUGCAUCAUAGACGCACUUUUGUCAACACUAAAGACCUGAUCAAG